AUGAGUAGUGGAUUCACCUUUCCUCCGCCUCCGCCGCCGCCUCCGAAGCCAUCUCAACCACAACAACAGUACGGAGGACCGGACCGUGGCGGUGGCAGGGGCCGAGGUGGUUCUCGAGGUGAAUUCAACCAACGUGGGAGAGGCCACAGCGGUGGCCGUGGGAACAGCUAUUCUAAUGGCUCUUUGGAUCAACCCAACGGCAGAGACUGGAGAGGCAACCAGUAUCAGAACCCAUCUCAGGCAAACGGCUACCCUCGCUCCCAGCAAUAUGAUCAGAGCAGCAGCUCUGGCUUCCCUGGACGAGGCUCAGGUGUCGGCAAUGGGAACACCAGAGCUGGAGGCAACUACGGCCCCAAUGGAGCGCACGCAGGCUCGCCAUCACGAAGUGCAGCAGGUCACAAAAGAAAACUGGACGCGUUAAGAGGACCCGCAGAUGAAAGGGUGAAGGUACCAGGCCCGAAGCCCGCGCCGGCGGUGCCCAGCUUUGGUGGCCCGAUCUUGCCCCCGAGGCCUGCCCAUGCUGCAGAUGGACGUGCUACAGCUGGUGUAACGUCAAGGCCAGCGGUACGAGGCCUCGGCCUUGUCCCAGCUGCUGACGACGUCGUCUACGAGGAAUCAGACAGUGAGGAGGAGAAGGAUGUAGACGAGGAAGCCCUGUACGCGGAACUGGGCGACAAGCUGACAUUCGAGCACAACGGCGUGGUCAUGUCACUAACAUCGCAAGCCGACCUUGAAGCAUGGAGGAAGGAGAGGCAGAAGAACUGGCCGACUACCGAUCGGAUGUCUGCAAAGGAAGAAGACAGGAGGCGAAUCGGGGUGGAGAGGAGAAGAUUGCUGGCAGGUGCCGAAGUAUUGCAGCGGUCAUCGCAGCGCGGAAGCUCGAAGUCUAAAGCGAAGCAUCUCAGUCAUGACUCGGCGCCCGGCAAUGAUGGUUCCAGGAAGGAGCCAGACAACACUGCCCGUCGCCCGAAGCACGACAGCGAAGCUAUGUCGGUCACUGGUCUCGCACCCGCCCCGCAGCAAGCCAAUGCUGGGUCCGAAACCAGUGAAGCUAAAGAUUCUGCUGAGCGGCGGAAGAAUGAUCGUGCAGAGCAAUUAGCGGCGUUGCGGAGAAAGGUCGCCGAGAGCGAAGAGACCAAUCGUUUGGCAAGGGCUCGCAUUGAGGGUCUUCAGCAGGCUGCAUCUGCCAGAGAACCUGGCAUUAGCGCGGCAGAGGAACAGACGUCGGAGACUGCAGAGGUGCUGGAUGGGGAAGCUGAACAGAGCAUUGCUGAAGCUGAGAAUGCCAUCCCUGGAGCGGAUGAAAGCCACGAAGCUGCCAAUCACAGCUCCGCCGACUUGUCUUCAGGUGUCAGCUCGAGCACAUCUGAGGAUCCAGAGGCAGAUUCCGACGAUGACGCGCCAGAGGAAGUGACCUCAAAAGCUCCUAUUGCAACGACCCCGGCCCACGAAGCGCCCAUAUGCAGAUACUUCGCAGCAAGUGGCUACUGCCGAGAUGGUGAUACUUGUGCGUAUAGGCACGUGCAGCGACCGGAACGUGCUGCCCAGCAGGAGAAGAGAAAGGAGAAGAAGCCAUCGUCACCGGGCCUGCGGCCGGAAAAGAUGACGAUCUUUCAGCGGCUUGUCGAGCAGGAGCAGGCGGAAGCUGAUCGCCUGGCGUUGCAGGUCAUCAAGUAUUUGGGCAGCGCUGGGCUGUUCAAGCAAGAGCUGUCUGCAGACUGA